AUGGUUAAGGAAAGACUGCUUCGAGCAGGAGAAGUGGAGCUUCUUUAUGUUAAAUCCAAAGUGUAUUUGCACCCUACGCCAUCCAAAAAGGAUAACAUUUGUGGUUUCCUAAGUCUAUCUCGAGGUCCAUUGGCAACCAAUAACGAUAUCCUCUUAUCGUUCAGUGCCGAGAACCAAUUGUCUAAGGAAGAAAUCAAGAUUUAUAACAAUGUUGAUCUUCAUGAAUUGGAGGUGGAUUUAGAGGCUUUACAAAUUAGCGGCAAGAGACUGGCAAAUGCUGUUGCUUCAAAGAAAAGAGAGGAUCACAUUGUUACCAAACCUCCAGUAUCUAUAUUGGUUGGCUAUUCGUUUAGUAUACCCUUAUCAUUCGUAUUCUCCAUUCAAGUUAGAAAGCCAUCCUCUGGGUUUUGGCAUGGAUCGUUAGUUAUCAACACUAAAGAUGGUGAAAAGCUCCCUAUAUUAUUCUUUCAUGAUAAUGAAUCAGCCUCUACAUUGAAGGAACAAAAGAUCCGUAACCAACGAUUUGAUCCUUUUAAUUCAUCUGGUGACUUGUAUUGGGGUGGAGACGAUUUUAUCAAAGUUUUACUGAAGUUUAUCAGAGUAGUCAAAUCAACUGUUGAGACUUCAGUAUUGUUAAUUAACCCGGAUGAAGAUGAUUUACGGAAUUUCGCCAACAAUAGACGUAAAUCUUCCAUUGGUGGCGACUCCUCAUCUGAAGCUGCAACUAAACCAAUUGAUUUCAAGAUGCCUAAUAUUGGUAAAUUUUUAAAUAAUGCCAAAUGGAGGGUCUUGGAAACCGUGGCUACGUUGGGAGCUCAAACUAAGAACCAAGUUGUGGAUUUGGUUGAUGAACAUGCACCUGUUCCAUUAAAGCAAUUGAUGAGUAAGCCAGAAGUUAAAAAAAUUGGCGAUGACUUUGAUAGUGCUCGAAUUUAUUUAGCAAAAUGGGCUCAACAAGUUAAGGAAGAAGCAGAAGAAAGUCUGAAAAAAUACAUGCUUGAAGAUGAUAUUUAUAAUCAAAUUAAUAAGGAAUUGGGAUCAGAUGAAUAUUUAACUGAAGAAGAAAUCAAUAAAACUUCUAGAAGAGAUCCAAUUGGGUUAACUGAAUGGAAAUCGUUUUUUGACUAUUCAGGAAGACUUAAUAUUACUGCCAAUGAGAUUAAGAGCAAAAUAUUCCAUGGAGGACUAGAACCUGAAGUUAGAAAGGAGGCUUGGUUAUUUUUACUAGGAGUUUAUUCUUGGGAUACUUCAGCAAAGGAAAGAGAAGAAUUAUAUGCUAGCUAUGAAACUGCAUAUUCUGAUUAUAAAUUAAAAUGGGUGGAAGAUACUGAAAAGAGAUCUACUGAGUUUUGGAUGGACCAAAAGCAUAGAAUUGAAAAAGAUAUCCAUAGAACUGAUAGAAAUAUUGAAAUCUUCCAGAAUAAGAAGACCAAAAGAACAUCAACAACAAGUACAGGUGAAAAUGCCAACAAUUCGAAUGAAAGAGAAUCAUCACCAGAAACUCCAGAUGAAGCAAGUGAACCAGAAGAAAAUGAAGAAGAUGAAUUUAAUCUUUCUAAUAUUAGAAACCCCCAUCUUUUCAACGUUCGGGAAAUUUUACUUACUUAUAAUGAAUACAAUGUGAAUUUAGGUUAUGUUCAAGGAAUGUCUGAUUUAAUUUCUCCAUUAUACUUUAUUUAUCAGGAUGAAGUGCUCACAUUUUGGACAUUUUCCAAAUUUAUGGAAAUAAUGGAAAGAAACUUUGUUCGAGAUCAAUCAGGUAUGAAGAAACAAAUGCUUACUCUUAAUAAGCUUUUACAAUUUAUGUUGCCAAAAUUAUACAAGCAUUUGGAAAAGUGCCAAUCUGUUGACCUCUUUUUCUUUUUCAGAAUGUUGUUAGUUUGGUUUAAAAGAGAGUUUGAAUGGAAUGAUGUAUUCCAUCUUUGGGAAACCCUUUUCACCAAUUGUUACUCCAGUCAAUUUCAUUUAUUUGUUGCGUUGGCUGUUCUUAGUGCCAAUGAACGGAUAAUUAUUCAAAAUUUGCAACAAUUUGAUGAAGUAUUGAAGUAUAUGAAUGAUUUAUCAAUGAAGAUGCAUUUGGAUCCUUUAUUAAUCAGAAGUGAACUUUUAUUCUUGAAGUUUAAAAGAAUGAUUGAUAUUAUUGAUAGAGAAAACUCCAUUGCAAGAUCAUCAGGUAAGUUUGACAAUGUGGUUAAUGUUGAUCAUGAACUUAGGCAAUUAUUGAACAAGGAACCAAUUAUCCAGAAAGAAGUUGAAAGACCUGAAGGAGUAGGUGGUGGGUGA